AUGCCUUUUUUUACAAUACCUGCAAUUCCAUUUACAGUUAAAGUGGCAAUAGCAGCAGGUACAGCAGUUGCAAUUAUGAAAAAUAAAGAAACAAUAUUAGAAAAAUCAAUAAUAUUAUUUGAAUCAGCUACUGAAUUUUGUAAAAGGCAAUUAGAAGAAUCUAAGAUUAAAAAUGGAGAAGUUAAAUUUGCUGAUGAUUUAAAAGAUCAUGAAUUUAGUAAUAAUAAUCAUGAAGAAGAAAAAAGUUAUGGUAAGUCAACUAGUUCAAAUUUAAGAGAUGGUGAUAGUGAUUUUGAAAAUAUAAGUACACCUGAUACUACUGAUUUUCUGGAAAUUGAUACGGAUUAUGAACCAAAUGAUUAUGAUGAUGAUGACGAGGGAUUUGAUCACAAACAAAAUCAAAAAGAUAAUGAUAGCGAUAGUGAAACUGUUGCUUUUAAUCUGGAUGUCGCAAGUUUAGAUUAA